GUAUUUCCCUGAAAAUGGAGACCUGCACACUGCUCUGGGUCUGCUCUACAUGCAGACAGGUAAAUACCAACAAGCUUUUGAGCACCUGGGAACUACUCUUACCUUUGAUCCAAAUAACACACGAGCCAUUCUUGCUGCUGGCUCAAUGAUGCAGAGCCACCAAGACUUUGAUGUAGCAUUGGCCAAGUACCGUGUAGCUGCUCAGUCCAUUGCUGAAUCUCCACCCCUCUGGAAUAAUAUUGCCAUGUGUUUUUUUGGCAAGAGGAAAUAUGUAGCGUCUAUUAGCUGCCUGAAGCGAGCUAACUACUUAGCACCAUUUGACUGGAAGAUUCUUUACAACCUGGGACUGGUUCAUCUCACAAUGCAGCAAUAUACGUCAGCAUUUCACUUCCUCUCCGCUGCUGUCAACCUGCGACCUACCAAAGGACACAUCUUCAUGCUUCUGGCUAUUUCCCUUACUUAUUUAGAUGAUGAAGAGAAUGCUCGGCAGGCAUAUGAGCAAGCUGUGCGUUUGGAGGAGAGAGAUCCCAGCAUAUGCCUCAACUAUGGUAUAUUUCUGCACAACCACAAUGAUAAGGAGGGUGCUAUUAAAAUGAUCAACGAGUUUGAAGUAAGAAUGGUUAAGUUCCGUCAUGCUACUGGAGCAGACCUGGACACAGAGAUUAUUGAAAAUGGAGCCAAAUUAGCCUCACUCCUCGGGGUAGAUGGCUCGGUGUUUCGCAAAAAACCCGGUCGAACAAGACUUGAUGCUCAGGAUGAAACUGUGCUCCUAGAGAAGACGGCUUCAGUGACAGACACGUUGAAGCCAGUUGAAGAGUCAGUGUGUCAGUCACCACCACCAGUACCAACAGCCAUACCAGAGCUCAACCCAUCUGAAGUGCCUGAUGCUGGAAAUACUGCUGUACUUGUUCCACCCAUGGAAGCUCUCACACUGGAAGAGCCUCCAGCUUUUGUUUCAGACAGUAGCAAUGCCCGGGGCAAGUUCCUUGCAUCAGCUCGUCUGCAGUUUCAGGAAGAUGAGUCCAAGGUUACUGAUACUGAAAAUAAGAAAGAGACUCCAAAUAGUGGUUUUGCAGAAUAUUCAGAUGAUAUAUUUGAUUAAGCUUUAUUUUCUAAGCUUUAAAUUGUUUCCUGCUGGGUCUGUGCUACCCACUCUGUAGUCAGUUUUCUCAGUUUAUUUUGUAAGCUUCAUAGCUCUUUGUAAUAAUCAAUUCUGUAUGCAGCCAUAAAUCUACAGGGUAAACAGCUCCACAUGUGGCUGUAGAUGUGUGGUGUAAAUAGUUGCACAUGUGGCCUUAGAUCUAUGUUGUAAACAACUCCACACAUGACUGGAAAUGUGUGGGGUUAACACUUACAUGCACACCCAUGUAUCUGUAUAGUAAACAGGUUCAUACAAGGCUGUAUAUCUACAUGAGAAAGAGUUUAAGGGUUAACUAAUCACAGUGAUGCACAUAAUGCUUGAAAAAAUGUAGUAACUUCAAUGAUUUUUUCAUUCACCUUGUAACAUUGCUUGAUGAAGUGUCAGUGUAUUACACUUCACACAAAUGAUUUUGAAACAAUUUUCUGCACUUAGCUUUCCCUUUGUUGGUCUGCAUGGUUGCUGAGCAGUUAAUGCACUGGCCUGUGAGUUUUAGGACUACCUUGCUGUGGGUUCAAACCCCACUUGUUCCAUGAUAAGUACGAAUUUUUUUAUGUAGUGUACAUUUUGCACUAUAUUAAAUGGGAUGUAAAUUGCUGUCUGAUGUUUUGUAUGUGUGGAGAGUUCAUCUUUCUUCCUAUUUUGCAUAUGUGGAGGGUUCCAGUUUAUUCAGAGACUGAUCAAGAACUAGAUUUAAUAGCUCUUCGAGGGAGGUUUCAUGGUGCCAGUAAGGGUUCUUUAUCCAAGGAAUUGAGGCUGACCUCUUCUUCCUUGAAUGGAACCUGAUUGCUUUUCAUAUCCCCAGACACUGUAUGACCCAUAUAAGUUUACCAUUCCACUCUUACUUUUGAAAGUAAUUGUGAUGAUGUAGAUUUAAUAAUUAUUUUGUUAAGAACUGAGUUAUAUGCAUUUUUUGCAUUUGUAUUUUAUGCAUAUAUGGAUUGUUCAGAUUUGUUUACUACAGUAUUGUCAGGGAAUUUAAUUAAUCCUUAAAUGGUCCAAAUGUAUAUAUAUGUUCACCUGCGCAGCGCCUUGAAUAUUUUGAGAAAAGAAAAACAAUUUUUUUUUUUAUAGGAAAAAAGAGCAUGUGGUACCCAGGCAUCCCCAAUUUUUUUAUAUGUUGCACACUGAGUGCGCACACCCAUUCUCUCUUGUCUAGGAGACUCAGGCCUAUCAUGCCAAUGUUGAAUAAAUGACAAAUAAAACAUAUAUAUACGCUUGGGGUGCUACGCGAGAGAAUGUAUACAUAUGUUUGGACCGUUUAAGGGUUAAUCAUUAAGUUGGUUUGUUGGGCCAUUUAUUAUGUCCCAUACAUAAUGGAGACUGACAUGGUGCUAGUCAGGCAUAAGCUUAUCUAUAUCACAAUCUUCCCUGCAGUACAGCUCAUCUUCUAAACCACAGACAUCAUGGCACUGUUGCAAAACAGUGCCAUGAACAGUUGAACUAUGACUGUUUUAGAAGAGCUAUGCACAGUGGCUGCCUAUUUUCUGUUCAUGAAACACUUUUUUUUUUGUCUUAUAUUAUAAUUUUUCCAUUGUAACCUAAGGGAAGUAUAUACCCAGGUACUCCCUAUUCUCACUACAACCCUCCCUCUCUUCCCACAAUCCUCCCAUAUCACAGCUGCUACCAUCACCACAUGAGUGAGGGAUGGACACCAUAUAUAGUGCUAAGUCAGGUAUGAUGGGAAUAAGCUGAUCAAAUUAUUUAUAUUUUUUCAUCAUCAGUGAUUACUAAUACUGACAAAGUAAACAAAGGCUGCCAAUGUGAUUGGUGCUGCAAUAGUUGACGUGUUUGCAAAAAAAAAAAAAAAGUGAAAA